CCAGUGCGCGUGGACCCACCUGCGAGCUCCCCCCUGCUCCAGCUUUCUUCCGUACGACCAUGUCGACUUUCCCCGGAACGAAGGAGGGCCUCCCGAGCACCGACGUGGACGCGAGGUCCGUAACAAGCUCCCAGUCCCCCAAUGGGAGCCUCGACGCCGACGACAGGCUGCUCGCGGAGUUUGGCUACGUGCCCUCCUUCAAGCGCGAGUUCUCCAACCUGGCGACGAUCAGCUUUGCGUUCAGUAUCAUGGGACUCUGCUCCAGUGUUGCGACGACGUUCAAUACGCCUCUCCUUACCGGUGGCCCCGCGUCGGUGACAUGGUGCUGGAUCCUUGGUGCUUGCAUGUGCUUCACUCUCGGUUCUAGCAUCGCCGAGAUCGUCAGCGCAUUCCCGACGUGCGGCGGCCUCUACACCGCGUCAGCGCAGCUCUGCCCGCCGCGCCACCGCGCCAUUGUUGGCUGGAUCGUCGGCUGGCUCAACCUGCUCGGCCAAGUCGCUGGUUUGUCUUCGACGGAAUUCGGUCUGGCCAACAUGAUCUGGGCGGCGGUCGUCGUUGCGAAGGAUGGUGACUACGUCGUCACUCAAGGCAUGACUGUCGGCCUGUUCGCCGGUCUUCUUGUCUUCAACGGGCUUCUCAAUUGCCUCGCGACGCGCCAACUCGCGCACAUCACCAAGGCCUUUGUGUUCGUCAAUCUCGGCGCGACUAUCAUCAUCAUCAUCGUACUCCUUGCGAUGACGCCGCGCUCCGAGAUGCACGCCGCCUCGUACGUCUUCGGCUCCGAUGGCAUCGUGAACCAGACGGGCGGGUGGAACACGGGGCUCGCGUUCCUGUUCGGGUUGCUGAGUGUCCAGUGGACGGACUACGACGCUACCGCGCACAUCUCGGAGGAAGUGAAGCGAGCAGCAUAUGCAGCGCCCUCGGCUAUUUUCAUCGCGGUCAUCGGAACAGGUUUGAUCGGUUGGAUUCUGAACAUCGUGAUGAUCAUGGCGCUGCGUAUAGGAAAACCUGGCGCUCUUUUCCUAUGGAGCUUUGUGUGCCUGACGGCGUUUUUCGUUUGUCAAACGGCAUUACAGGCCUGUUCACGGAUGGUCUAUGCAUUCAGUCGCGAUCAUGCGCUCCCGGAUCGUGAAUACUUUGGACACGUAACGUCAUGGACGAAGACGCCGUUGCGUGCGGUGUGGUUCACGACGUUCUUCAGUAUUCUUCCCGGACUUCUGGACCUGGCGAGUCCCGUCGCAGCAAACGCCAUCUUCGCCCUAUGCGCUAUCGCAUUAGACUCCUCGUACAUCAUCCCUAUCAUCCUGAAAAGGCUGUACAGGAACCAUCCCGAUGUCCAUUUCAAACCAGGACCCUUUUACAUGGGUGACGGACUGCUAGGUUGGACGGCGAACUUGGCGUGCAUUUUCUGGACGAUGUUCGUCUGCGUGAUCUUCUGCAUUCCGACAGAACUUCCCGUGACCCAAACGAAUAUGAACUACGCAUCGGUAAUCACGGUGGGCGUGAUUUUCCUCUCUGGGUGACGCACAUCGCCAUUACAAGGGCCCUGGUGUCAGCGGUCACGAUGAACAGGAAGUGGCGUCCACCUCCCUCGAUGAUGAGAAAACAGGGGCGGUCUGAAUGUGAUUGUCAUGUGUCUUAGACAUGCAAGUUAGGUUUAGAACAUAUAUCAAGUGUACGGGAGGAGGCUAGAGCGGUAAUCCAACACACGUAUGUUUCCUGUCGUUAGUGUUAGUGCUGCAUACCGGAGAUAGAGGAAGUAAGUAUGCCGGACAAAUCAUGACGGCGCCAUAGGAAGUCAUAUUGACGACUUAUGCGAUUCGGCAUCCUCGGU